AUGCCGGGAAACCUUCCUUCACGACUUUGGGACGUUUUGUCCAUUCUGGCGGGCUCCUGGGUAGAGCUGGAGUUGAACGGGAACACAGCGUCCCGCGGUGCGCCGACCGCCCCGCCGUCCACGCCCGCUGCAGACCAGCUCAACGCCAACGCUGCCGCGAGCCUGCAGACGGCGUCCGUCCCCGAGAGCGAGGACACCCUGAUCGGAGGACUGGAGCACGUCCCGUCCUCGUCCUCCAUCCACAACGGAGACAUGGAGAAGAUCCUGCUGGACGCGCAGCACGAGUCCAGCCAGAGCAGCUCGUCCUGCGACAGUCCUCACAGGCCACCGAGUCCAGACCAGGACGAGGGGCAGAUAACGUUCGACGUGGAGAUGUCCAGCCUCAAAGACAGUCAGUCCGAGGACGACGGUCCAGAGAAGGACAGAGAAGAAGACAUCCUGAUGAACAAAGAAGUAGACUGGGUCUCUGAUUGGUCCAGCCGACCGGAGAACGUCCCCCCAAAGGUGUUCCACUUCAGGCACCCCCGGCGUUCAGUGUCUCUCAGCAUGAGGAAGAGUGGGGUCAUGAAGAAAGGGGGCGUCUUCUCUGCCGAGUUCCUCAAAGUCUUCAUCCCGUCCUUACUCCUGUCUCACAUCCUGGCUCUGGGCGUCGGGUGAGUCGACGCAACGUCCUGC